AUGAGGAGAGUUUUCGGCGCGAAAAAGAACACAGAGCCUCCUCCCUCUAUUCAGGAUGCCUCUGAUCGGAUAAACAAAAGAGGAGAUUCGGUAGAAGAUAAGAUUAAGAAGCUUGAUUUUGAACUCUGCAAAUACAGAGAACAGAUUAAAAAGACCAGACCUGGUCCUGCUCAAGAAGCUGUCAAAGCUCGUGCUAUGAGGGUUCUCAAGCAGAAGAAAAUGUAUGAAGGACAACGCGACAUGCUCUAUAAUCAAACAUUCAAUCUCGAUCAAGUUUCAUUCGCUGCUGAAGGCCUCAAAGAUGCUCAACAAACUAUGACAGCACUAAAAUCUGCAAACAAGGAGUUGAAAGGAAUGAUGAAAACCGUAAAGAUUCAAGAUAUUGAUAAUCUGCAAGAUGAGAUGAUGGAUCUGAUGGAUGUGAGCUCUGAAAUUCAAGAAACACUUGGUAGAAGCUACAAUAUUCCUGAUGGCCUUGACGAAGAUGACCUCAUGGGAGAGCUUGAUGCUCUUGAAUCUGACAUGGGAAACGAGACUGAAGCAGAUGGAAUGCCUUCUUAUCUCCAACCCGAUACAGAAACUGACUACGAUAGCGAGCUUAACUUGCCUGCAGCACCAACAGGACACAGUGGAGCUCCACAUGGAAGAGUUCAGGCCGAGGAUGAAUUUGGAUUACCAGCGGUGCCACGAGCUUCUCUCCGGGGAUAAGUUCUGCCCAUAUCUCUUUGUUGGAGUGGAUUACUACUAAGCUUUAUUUUAGACCUUAGUAUUUUCCCAUUCAUCUUGUGCAUAAUAUAACUUUGCUAAGUCUCUACCUUUUGGUUGAACUCAUAAUUUUAUAAUAUUACGUAUGAUUUUUAUAUUGA